AUGAACCCCUUCCAGGAUCCUGGGGCCUCAUCCCAGUCCCAGGUCGACCCAGACGACAACAUGUCCUCCGCUCCAGGACGGAAGCGUGUUGGCUUCACCGCAGAAGGUUCAUCAGCUGUCCGCCCUUUCUCAACACACUCACCCGAUGAAGACACAGGCUCGGCUGGCCAUAACACGCCACUUCAACGGUCAGACGUGUCACAUGACGACCUCCAGAAGAUGCGGGAGUCGUUACGGCUUGCGCUUGGAGAUGAACAUGCCCACGAUUCACAGGAACCCAUCGCUCCUCCAAAAGAGGUACAGAAGCCUCGACCAGCAAUCCGGAAAAGUCCCCGGACUCCGCCACAGUUUUUUCUCAACGACGAGCCAAACCCGUUCGCGGAUGAGGCCUCUGAGGGACCUUCGCUGGGUGCUGAAGCCAAGCAGAGGUCAGGUCUUGCAGCCCAGCACCGCGCGACCAAGCUAUCGAAAUCUAUCGGCACUUUCUCCGCCCCAGGAUCUCGUCGCAAUUCUCAAGAAAUGUUAAGCACGCCCCCAGUUGAGUUGCGAAAUCUGGCUCGAGGUUACGAGAAGGGUCUCGAAACGCCAGAGGAGGACGAAGAUCCACAGUUCAUGAAGCGCGCCUCCAUGCUUCUACGUCAACACUCCAUUCGCGCGGCUGGCCCGGCGAUCAACAACGAGGAUUUUUUCCACAUAGACGCAUCACUCAGGUCCGGCCAGGUAACACCGGAUGCUGCCGAGUUCGAAGAUGAGCAUGUUCAACGCCCCUCUAAAUACCGGACAGGAGUAUUAGGCACCCUCCUCCAGGUUCAGAACGCGAAUCAAGGCCCAAUGUCAGGGAAUAUCGGCCAUGGUCGGAACCUAAGUGCUGGCACAUUCAGCGGAGCCUCAACGGCCGCCAACUCACCGAACCCAUCGCCCCCUGUCUCGGGGUAUUCGACACCCCGUGGUGGCCGUUCUUGGUUCGCUCGUCAUCACAACAACACUUCGACAGCAUCCAUCUCUCAGUUGGUCGGGUCUUCUACGCAUAGCUUUGUUACUCCUGCUCAGAAGGAGCUCGGCCAUGAGUUUGAUGAGCAGUAUAAGAAGACUCGACCAGGAAUGGGCAAGCGAUCGCGUUCGGAUGACUCCGUACUGCCGUUCAGGAAGCCGGGAAAACGUCGUGAUCAUGAGAUUAAAAUCAAGAUACAUCUUGCCGGCACUUUGGCACGCCAGAACUACCUCCGCAAGCUCUGCAAGGCCUUGAUGAUGUACGGUGCUCCCACGCAUCGACUGGAAGAGUAUCUCAACAUGUCGGCUCGCGUUCUGGAGAUCGAAGCACAAUUCUUAUACAUGCCAGGCUGUAUGAUCAUCGCCUUUGACGAUUCUUCAGUCCAUACUAGCGAAGUUAAGCUUGUACGAACCAGCCAGGGCGUCGAUCUGGGCAAGCUUCGUGAUGUUCACGAGAUUUACAAAGAAGUCGUGCACGACCGUAUCGGUGUCGACGAAGCCACACCUCGUCUCGAAGCUAUCAUUGGCCGCAAGGACAAAUUCCAAGCGUGGCUCAGGGUCUUCGUAUACGGUUUAGCAUCUGCGACUGUCGGUCCCUUUGCGUUCCAAGCCCGCUUUAUCGACUUGCCAUUCUGCUUCCUCCUCGGCUGUAUCAUUGGAUGGCUACAGCUCAUUGUUGCUCCUGGAAACGACCUCAUCAGCAAUGUAUUCGAAAUCGGUGCCUCGAUCAUCACAAGCUUCGCCGCCCGCGCUCUUGGCUCCAUCAGGGGUCGUGACGGCAAGGAAAUCUUCUGCUUCAGCGCCAUGUCCCAGUCCAGUAUCGCGUUGAUCCUACCCGGGUUCAUGGUUCUAUGCGCAUCGCUUGAGCUUCAGAGUAAGCACAUCGUUGCAGGAUCUGUCCGCAUGGUAUACGCCAUCAUCUACUCGUUCUUUCUCGGCUUCGGUAUCACCAUCGGCACCGUUCUAUACGGCAUGAUGGACCACAACGCCACCUCGAGAACUUCCUGCAUGGAACCAAUGUCGACCAACUUCUACUACCUCUUCGUUCCGGCGUUUGCGAUAUGUCUCAUGAUUGUUAACCAGGCCAAGUACAAGCAAAUGCCCUCGAUGACGGUAAUUGCUUUCAUCGGCUGGGUCGUCAACUUCCACAGCUCCAAGUACUUCAAGAGCAACGCGCAGGUCAGCAAUACGCUCGGCGCCCUGGCAAUCGGCAUUGCGGCCAAUGCCCAUGCGCGUUUUGGUCGCCACAUUGAGAACAAGAGUCUUGAUAUUUGGGAGAACACGCUCCGCCCACGCCUGGUCAAGGUCCGCAAGAUGUAUAGGCGAAACCGCCAUGGGCCGCAUCGUGCGGCGCCCAAGCUGGAGCGAUCCGAGUACGACCCUACGCCAACCAGCCGACCUGUCUCGCGGGCCAGCUCAAUGAGCGAGUAUGUAACCCACACCCGUAAAGUCGGCUAUGGUCUCGCCGCCGCCGCCAUGUUGCCCGCCAUCUUCGUCCAAGUCCCAUCUGGUCUCAGCGUUCAAGGCUCACUCGUAUCCGGUCUUACAUCGGCCGAUCAGAUCGUUCGUAAUAGCACCGGGAACGCUACAACCAUUAACCCCGCAGACGUGGGGAGUAGCAGUUCUGUCAACUCCAUUGCGCUGGACGUGGGUUUCUCAGUCGUCCAGAUCGCCAUUGGUAUUACGGUCGGUCUUUUCUUGGCUGCACUCAUUGUGUACCCGCUUGGAAAGAAGAGGUCUGGCCUAUUCAGCUUCUAA